GCAUAUAUUGGCACAAUUGUAAUUAGAGGAAAUUGUUUUGCACGGCCUUUCCCAGAGAUGUUUGUUGAUGGCCAUGUUCCACAUGUGACACCAAUAUCCUAUUUAAUACUGCUCGAUCAGCAACAUUUGUGUUGUUUGGUCUCCGUGCACUAUAGAGGUGAAGAAGUCAAUAUGGGUGAGGUGCGGUGAGGUCAGUAAGCCAUCGGGUUGCUCCUUCCUCAUGAGUUUAACAGGCUUUUUUCUCUCAGUAAAAGUGCAGGUAACAACCGCAGCCCACACAGUAAAACACAGGGAUUCUGACCCCAUUAUUGACUAAAAGCAGUGUUGCUUGUGAGGCCCAAUUACUUUACUCCCUGCACUGCGUGAUAAAAUGUCUCCGCUCUUCAAAAAGCAACUGGGGGUGGAGCAAGAGCGAGCGAGCAAAGGGGGGUGGAUGAUAUUGCGAAUGCGCCAGUGUCUGUAGAUGCAGUCUUUUCAUGUGCACUUUACAGUGUUUCAGAAGAUGUUGAGUUGAAAACGUUGUGAGUAAAUAGUGACGUGUGCAUUAUAUGAUCACAUUAUACGUGUUAUAUCCCCAAUAAUGGAAUCAUGUGAAGUGUCGUUUUUAAUUAAAAAGGGAUGGUUUCUGGUCGAAAAUUUGAUUGGCUGAGCCAUAUUGGAAGCCAUUGUGUAAUCCUCAAUAUAAACACGCGUGUGAUUGCAUCUCAAUAAUUCAAUUCUGAAUGAAUGUGCCAGGUUUUAAACUAAUAAAACCAUUACACUACAGCCAUUGUCCUGUCUAUAGAAUACCCUAAUCUUUGUCCUUAGCAAGAAAGUUAUGUUUUGCAAUAUGCGAAAAAUAAGCAUAUGUUUAUGAAUAUAUUAAAGUAGAUGCUUUGUUUUCUUUGUGCAGUGGUGAUUAUUUCAUAACAAAUAUUAUAUCGUGCGAGUAUUGUAGGAAGAACGCUGCCUGUCGUAUUAUUAUAAGUGAAAAAUGCAAACAUUUCUGUGAUGGAAUGUAAAAAAAAAAAAAAAGAUUGUACAAUGUCAAUAUGUAUUAAUUGCACGUUCACGUAUUGCACAUAUUGCAAUGCGUCAUUAUUUUUUACUUCAUUUUUUGCUACAUCAUCUCAUCUGAAAUUGUGUUUUCCAUAAUGGUUUUUCUGUUUUCUAUAAAACUCAGUGGAAUGACACAAAAAUAAACAGUGCCGAUCAGCCACUUUAUUGAAAUGGCUGGAAGUUAUGUAAUGCCUCUAACGAGGGCUUGCAGUAUAAUUCUAUAUUUGUUGGAGAUGAUCAGAGAAAUGAAGAUCCUCUGUUCAUGGUAUCUUUGUAAGAAGCUGACAGUGCGUAUCCGUCCACAUGGGAUUUUACAGAUUUUUUUUUUUGUUGUGAUUUUGCUGCGUUUUUUUUUUCUCUCUCCAAAUUUGCGAUGCAACUUGCAGAGUUGUUUGUGCUUAUUUAGCAGAAAACUACUUGAAUUGUCAAAAUUGCAACCGUGCAAAACUGUUUUGCACGGUUUUUCGCCGAGACCUUUUUAGCUGUACUCACAUUAGACGCACGUGAAUCGAAGAGGGCUUUAGCUGAAUGCGCGUUGCGAUGACGUCAAACGAUGCGUCUCGGCCCGAAUCUGAAGAAAACCUGGGGUAAUUUUGAAAAAUAGCAAGCUCCUCCGAAUAUUGCGGAGUUUGCUUGAUUUUGCAUUGAUUUCUGGUAGAUUUCUGUUGGAGAGACUGGUAUAGCAUGGUCAAAUUUGAUUAUACAGCAAAAUUCAUAUCAUGCUGUGGAAAUUUAGAGACAAGGUCAACGAUGUUCUUUUUGUAUUAAUACCAUCUUGUUUUGGCAGUGAGCCAAAAGUACGCCAGAAGCCUGUGCCGUGUUAGGCUGUUGAGAGUCUGUAAUUUGCCUAAAGCAUUUACAGAACAUCAGCAACUGUUCUCUACCGAAUCACUGAGGACUCGCUGUGCUUUAUGUUGCUUUCUCUGACACCCGAUUCAGCUCGUCAGGAGCCGAUACAGCUGAUACAUGUAAUGAGGUCUUUAGAGCAGUGGAAAAACUGCCAUUAAGUAGAUCACCAGCAGUGAGGUUAAGAACGGCUCUUGUAUGGGAACACUGCCUGGCAGGUAAAAUGGGUAAUAUCUAUUAAAACUCACAAUAAAUGUGCUCAAUUGGAUGACAAGUAAACUUCAUCUUUACUCUUCAGCAGAUAUGGAAUUAAUUGCAUAUUGCAAAAUGAAAUGAAAUAGCCUUCGUACUAUAUAAUGAUACCUCAGUGUUAUGGCACAGACGCACUGAAGGUAAAUUCGCCAGGUAAAAUUUUUUCACCCAUUCGUUUUCAAUAUGUAGUCAUGAAAAUAUGAAUCAGGAAUUGUGGGAUUGUGAGAAAUAGGAUGAAGUUCAUGUAGUUUAAUUAGACGUGGCAGUCACGUACCGCUGACCAGUCAUGACUUGCUGUUGACUUGCUGAAAAAUGCUGUUGCCAUAGUUUUGUAUGUCAUAAGAUCCUGUCUAAAGUUAUUUAUAGUAGUAUUUGGCGUCUCUUUAAUGUGCAACAACAAUAUGAGCGAUUAUAAAGAGAAAAAUAAAAGAAAUGCCAUCUGGCAGAAGAAUUCCCACACUGUCUGGGUUCUUGCUGAGCUAAAAGCAAGUCAAAAGCUGAACUGCAUAAUAAAAGAUUCAGAUAAAUAUGUCUGCUUAACUGUUUAACUCUUCAACCGAACCGAAAUAUAACCAAUAUAUAAUUGAAAUGCACACUUUAAUUAUUAUUACACAGCACUUAGUUCCAGUCCACUAAUUUGAUUGGGUGAGUGGUGUUCCCAGAGUGUUUACACUUCCUGUGACCGUACUGGGACGUUUCACUGUCUGUAUCACAGUGUGUCACGCUUGUCUGUGUUCACCAGGUGAAAUUCCCCUUCCUAGUUCGAAAUCGCUACUGCGGUAGUGUUAGCAGCUUUUCCGUAAUAUUAAACUAUGAAAACUCGUCAGAUGAAGUUGAAAAGGAAGAAGGGACGCCAAUUUUACUGGAAGCAGCUUUAACAGGAAUGUACAAAACAAUGUGUGCUUGCUAGCAAACUAGCUGACAUGCUAUAAAGUGAGAGCAGCUUCUUCGGAAACUAUUUCCACUAUUAUCCCUUGUGCAGUGUGUUUGUACUCCCGGAGAUUAUGCAUGCCAGGAAGUGCUGAUUUACGUAUACAUGUGAAUUUAUCAGUGGCACGGUGGUGAAGUCGGUUGCAUUGCUACCUACAGGGUCCCGGCUGCAAUCCUGAGUUCGGAUUACUGUCUGUGUGGAGUUUUGCAUUUUCUCCCUGUGUCCGACUGGGUUGUCUCCAGGUUCUCCAGUUUCCCCCCACCCCCCAAAAACAGCUGGAAAGGGCUGCACUGAAGCCCAUUACAGGAUUUUAGCCCUGAUCAUCCCGUCACCAGUCACUUUUGUGACUACACUCUACCCUUUCUGCAUCUAUUUUAUGAACACUUCCGUGGCUACCGCUCUUGUAAUAUAAGCGGUUCAGUGACAGGAUUUUCUGUCUGAGAGCAAUCACAGAGGCUCGGAUCUUUUCAAGGAUGUUUGAUAUUCUCGGCGAUGAAUCAUGUAGUGUGAACCCCUCUGCAACUAGUUACAAGUACAGUGAUGAGAAACAGCCAUUGAGAGUCUGAGAGGAAAUCAGAUUCUCUCAUGCGCAGCAGAUCCCUGAACCCAGUUUACUUGUGGGACAGCAAAACAGAGGGGUUUUUUUGUGAUUGUUGCGGCCAAAAAUGCUUGUUAUUUUUUCUGCAGGUUUUUUUUUUUUUUUCAAGAUUUGCGGACUAUUUUGUGUUUUUUCUUUCAGUUUUUGCAGAAAGCUUCUUCAAUUGGUGAAAUUGCAAUUGCAGGAAAUCGCUUUGCACUUAUCUUUUAUUUUUUUAUUGUCUUCCGAUAAAUGAGACCUUUUAGCUGUGCUCAUGUCCAACGCCCAUGAAUCGAAGGAGGCUUUGGCUGAAUGUGCACUGUGAUGACGUCACAUGGUGCGUUGUGAUGUCACGUGACGUGUCUUGGCCCAAAUAUUGCGCCGUUUCCUUGAUUUGGCGUUCAUUUCUGCGGUAACAUUGCUUCUAUGAAAAAUGAUUUGGGAGAAAUGAUUACCCAAAUGGUUGUUAGGAACAGCAAAAAUAAAAACAAACAUUCCUGCCAGAGCACAUAAAAAUAGCUGUGUUUCUUUUCACUAUACAGUGCCUGCAUCUCUCCAAUCGAUAUCUCCUCCACAUUUUCUUGUCUUUCUCUUUUAGUUACAUAGUUAAAUGGUUCCAAAGCCAGCCCUUGCAUUUAGGCUCCCUGUAUGAAUUGUGGUAUGAAGCAUCUUUGUGUUGUGUUCAUGUGUUAUAGCUGUUCUAUGCAUAAGAAAUGGAGUGGCCUGGGUAGUUAUGCUCCGGUACAUAUGGGUGAUGAUGGUUUUUGUUUGUUUGUUUGUUUGUUUUCUAAGAUGUGUGGGUCUAGACAUAUUGAACAAAACAGCUCAGUUUAUUUGAACUGCAGCCAAGAAUCUGAGAUGAAGUUUUCUUAUCUCUUCAGUCACAUGCACACGUCCACACACUACACAUACACACUGAAACAUUCAAUAGUCACUCGCACAUCUUUUAUUAGCAUCAGCUUGCAGUCAAGGCACAGCAUGAAGCUGCAAACAGCUCUCUCUCUCCCCUCCCUCUUCCUCACUCUCUCCCUCACUCACUCACUCUCUCUCUCUCUCUCUCUCUCUCCCUCCCUCCCUGCACGUCUUGCCCUCCCACUCUGAGCACCACACUACACCACUCUGCAGCCGUCCUGACAGGAGCUCACUAUUCCAACACCGGCUCGCUCUGCUCUUCCCCGAGCUCUUUCUCCUUUCGUUUUCCUUCCUUGGUCUAUUCCCCCCCUCUUUUUCUGCAUCAAAGUGCUGAGGAGGUGGCUGAGAAACGGAGUUGCCGAGUUGCCCUGCUCCCCCGUUGGCACGGGCUGGGAGCCAGUGGACGGGAUUAACAGCCACAGGGAGUGAGUCGGAAGGAUUGCAGGAUGGCACAGCAGGACACGCUGGCUGUGCCACCCAUGCCCAAGCAUGUGGGGUUGAACGAGGACCUGGUGAAGAUCCUGAGGGAGAACCUUCUGCAGCAGGAGCGCCCGCGCGGGCACCGCCGCUCACCCGCGGCCAUCUCGCCCCGUUUGUCGCCCCGCAACUCGCCACGCCUGCUGCGUCGCAUGCUGAUCAACAACAACAUCCACAAGCAGAGGCGCUUCACCGUGGCACACACAUGUUUCGAUGUGGACAAUGGAACGUCGUCAGGACGCAGCCCGUUGGACCCGAUGGCCAGCCCCGGGUCGGGUCUCAUCUUGCAGGCCAACUUCGUCCAUAGCCAGCGGAGGGAGUCGUUCCUGUAUCGCUCCGACAGUGACUAUGACCUCUCGCCAAAGUCCAUGUCAAGAAACUCCUCCAUCGCCAGCGACAUACAUGGAGAUGACAUGAUUGUUACCCCUUUUGCACAGGUCCUGGCUAGCUUAAGAACUGUACGGAAUAAUUUUUCAGCACUGACAAAUGUCCAACAAGAAAGAGCCUCCACCAAGAGAUCACCCAUGUGUAACCCUCCCCCCAUCACAAAGACCACAUACACAGAAGAGGCCUACCAGAAGCUGGCCACCGAGACACUGGAGGAGCUUGACUGGUGCCUAGACCAGCUGGAGACCCUGCAGACCCGGCACUCGGUCAGCGAGAUGGCCUCUAACAAGUUCAAGAGGAUGUUGAACCGAGAGCUGACCCACCUGUCUGAAAUGAGCCGCUCUGGAAACCAGGUGUCUGAGUAUAUCUCCAGUACAUUUUUAGACAAGCAGCAUGAAGUGGAAAUGCCGUCUCCACAGUCACAGAAGGACAAGGAGAAGAAGAAGCGGCCGAUGUCCCAGAUCAGUGGCGUGAAGAAGCUCACUCACAGUUCCAGCCUGACCAAUUCAAACAUCCCUCGCUUCGGAGUCAAGACGGACACUGAGGAAGCACUGGCCAAGGAGCUUGAAGAUGUGAACAAAUGGGGCCUUAAUGUUUUCAAAGUCACAGAGUUCUCUUGCAACAGACCUUUAACAGUUAUGAUGCACACAAUAUUCCAGGAAAGAGACUUAUUAAAGACGUUUAAGAUUCCACUCGACACUUUUAUAACGUAUCUGAUGACGUUAGAAGACCAUUACCAUAGCGAUGUUGCCUACCACAACAACAUCCACGCUGCCGAUGUGACUCAGUCCACUCAUGUGUUGCUCUCCAGCCCUGCUCUCGAGGCUGUUUUCACAGAUUUAGAGAUUCUUGCUGCCAUAUUUGCCAGCGCGAUACACGAUGUCGAUCAUCCUGGCGUCUCCAACCAGUUCCUCAUUAACACUAACUCUGAGCUGGCUCUUAUGUAUAAUGACUCGUCUGUGUUGGAGAACCAUCACCUGGCUGUGGGCUUUAAGCUUCUGCAGGAAGAGAACUGUGACAUCUUCCAGAACCUCACCAAGAAACAGAGACAGUCACUGCGCAAGAUGGUCAUCGACAUCGUUCUGGCCACAGACAUGUCGAAACACAUGAAUUUACUGGCGGAUCUGAAAACCAUGGUGGAGACAAAAAAAGUGACCAGCUCUGGGGUUCUGCUGCUGGAUAAUUAUUCAGACAGGAUACAGGUGCUACAGAACAUGGUGCACUGCGCAGACCUCAGUAACCCCACCAAACCACUGCAGCUGUACCGCCAGUGGACAGACCGCAUCAUGGAGGAGUUCUUCAGCCAGGGAGACCGCGAGAGGGAACGUGGCAUGGAGAUCAGUCCCAUGUGUGACAAACACAACGCUUCAGUUGAGAAAUCCCAGGUGGGCUUCAUCGACUACAUCGUGCACCCACUGUGGGAAACGUGGGCAGACCUGGUACACCCCGAUGCCCAGGACAUCUUGGACACGCUGGAGGACAACAGGGAGUGGUACCAGAGCACCAUCCCGCAGAGCCCGUCCCCCGCUCUAGACACAAACACAGACGGACGCCGUACCACCACCCAUGACAAGUUCCAGUUUGAGCUCACGCUAGAAGAGGACGGAGAAUCGGACACAGAGAAGGACAGCGGCAGCCCUCCAGACGAGGAGGAGGAGGAUGAGGAAGAGGAUGAGAACAGCUGCAGUGACUCUAAAACCCUUUGCACACAGGACUCGGAGUGUACCGAGAUCCCCCUGGAUGAACAGGUGGCUGAGGGGGAGGAGGUAGGAGAAGAGCAGAGAGAGGAAGAGGGGGAGAUAUCAGAACCCUGUGUUUUAGUGGAACGAGAGGAGGAGGAGGAGGAGGAGGAGGAGGAGGAAGAGCAGGACACUGCCAAUACGUAACACAGUAUGAGAUAGCAUCCGGACUUCUUUUAUACAAGACAUGAGAGCCACUUAUUUAUGGAUAAGAUGUAGGGUUUUUCAUAUUUUUAUGUUUUUUUGUGUGUAUGUCUGUACUGUACAUCUUUAUCCAAAAAUGUAUAUUAAUUUCCUUAUCACAGUCACUGACAUCAUCCAUAUGGUCCUUGGUUUAAUUUUUGAACUUUUAUCCACGACUAGUGCCGUUUUACCCAUUUUUGUACUCAGGAAAGUCUUUUCCACGCACACAUUUGAAACAAACAUUUGUCUUUUUUUGUAAUUUGUCAAUAUUUCUGUUUUUAACUAAGGUUGUAUUUUAUUUUAUUUUUUAAGUCAUGUAGUUUUCCAUUUCAUUUGCCAAAAACACCCAUCAGACCAUCUGUUUUUUUCUUUUGUGGUUUGAUGGGAGCUUCAUUGCAUGGAGACACAUGCAGCUAGUAGACGUUCACAACACAAUUUGAAUGUUAUUUCUUCCUCAAAGUCUAGAUCUACUUUAUUUGCAGUGCUUAGUGUAGAUAGACUCGUUAACAAAGCUAAUAGAAAUGACUCAUGGCACAAGGAAAUCAAAUCGAAAACAUUUUUACAAUCGGCAACUGCCAAAGAGUGUUUUGGUUUUUCUGUUGUUAUUUUUCUUCGUCUUAUGUGACGUCUUUAUGAAAUAACAUAUUUGUUUAAUAUUUAAUGGAAAGAGUGCUCCGUUUGGUGCAGGGCUUCAGUUACAUUAGUAACUGAUACUAAUCAUUGUCUUGUUUUGUUUUUUCUCAAUGUUGCUUAGACCAGCCUUAAGAUUUUGUUGCCUCUCCAAAAAAUGGACUAAACCAGAAGCUUCCUGUUUCUUCAUCUCUAAAGGUGAUGUAAAGUGUGAACUAAAUAUUCAUAAACGGGCCAAAAUGGAGAUGGCAAAUCGAAUGAUAGACUCCUAAGUGGCUCUUUUAUAUACACUCACUGACCAUUUUAUUAGGGACACCUGCUAUGUACACCUGCUUAUUUAUGCAAGUAUCAUGUAGCACAAUGCAUAAAAUCCUACAGAUACCGACCAAGCGCUUCAGUUAAUGUUCACAUAAAACAUCAGAACAGGGUCAAAAUGUGAUCUGUGACUUUAACCGUGGCAUGGUUGGCAUGGUUGUUGGUGCCAGAUGGGCCGGUUUGAGUAUUUCAGAAACUGCUGAUCUUCUGCGAUUUUCACACACACCACAGUCUCUAGAGUUUACACAGGAUGGUGUGAAAAACAGAAAACCUCCAGUAAGUGUUUUGUUUUUUUGCACCGUUCUGUGUAAACUCUGUAUGAUACAAACAUUAACUAAAGCACUUGGCAAGCAUCUGCAUAAUUUUAUGCAUUGCUCUGCUGCCACUUGAUUGGCUGAGUGCAUCAGGUGCAUUGGUAUUUCUAAUAAAGUGGAUGGUGAGUGUAGAUACUACGACUACCAUGUAGUCAUUAGCACAUAUUGAUACUAAUGACUGCAUAAGGUAUGAAGCAAUAUCCAACUUUCCUCAACAACCAAACAGUACUUUUCCUCGUCACUGGGAUGGUACCAUCAAGAGGACCUCUUUUGUACCUUCAGUUUGUAUCUUACACCACAUAAUUCCUUAUAGCUGUCAGAGUAAAGUUUCAAAGGUACAUCAGUGGGCCUUAAAGUCCAAUUAUGUACCUUCAAUUAUUUUUAAAGGUACAAAUAUAUCCCCUUGACGAUACCACCUGAGUGUCAAGGAAAAGUACAGUUUUUAAGAGUGAAAGAGAUUCAUUUGGGAUUCAACCAUACUGUCUAUAUGUAGUGGGAUCCAAAAGUCUGAGACCACUUUUUUUUUUUUUUUUAUGGAUUUUCUUUUUAUUAUUUAAAAUUUGAAAACAAAGAAAAGAACUGUCCAAUAUCUUGAAUCUUUCAAUGAUCAAGUUUUUGCACCAUUUCUCUAUCACUAUUUAAAUGUAAGUGACCAUGUUAGCUCCUUCUAAGUCUGAUUGUCCUCGAGUAUUAUCUCUUCCAUCGAAGCAUUUUCACUUUUGGACCACACUAUAUACAAGCAAAAUCCAUCUAACUGUAACUCCUAAAGCUUUGCUUUAGAUGACUCUGAGGGAACGAGUCCGAUCAGAAGCUCCGAUGCUAGGCGUGCAAAUCAAACUCAACAAAGCUUUGAAGCAGUCACAUGAGUGUUUUUGUUCAGUGUGUGUUAUAAACAUCUUUAACCCAGAGAUUCAGCGUGAAACUGCACAGCAGCCUGCUUAAAUAUUUAUAGCUGGUUCAGAUGAGCCUAAGGCUGAGGGCCUGUAAGUCUUCUUCUUCUUCUUCUUCUUCUUCUUCUUCACUCCUCAUUCUAGUUUAGAAUGAUCACAGGGCAAUCAGCGCUAAUGUGACUUUCUGCUGAAACUUGCACUCGUAUUCGUGCGCCAGUACACCUGUUCAGUUUGUGUUCGUCCUUAUGAGCCUCUUUCUAAUUUAUUUCCGUUAUUUUCACUUCUGCGCUUGUAGCAUGGUGAAAUCAAAUCCAACUGUAGCAGCAGAAAGGUGAUGAGUGAGCGAGCAUCGUGUGAGAUUAUUUUUAUUAGAACGCAGUACCUAAUGUAAUCAAAUGUUUCAAAGAAAAAGAAGACAAAAUGUAUAAAGACCCUGCCUUUAGAAAUGGCCCGUCCUUGCAUUUUAUAUAUAUAUAUAUAUAUAUAUAUAUAUAUAUAUAUAUAUAUAUAUAUAUAUAUAUAUAUAUAUAUAUAUAUUUCUUGUCUCAUUGCCAAAUGAAUUUCUCUCCAUCACUUAAUCCUCCGCCAGUUUCCUUGCUUUCAGUGGUUUCUCAUUUCUGUCUGUUUACAUGUAUUUAUUGUGCUGUACAGUACAUACAGUUGUUCUUACCAUGUUGUAAAUGAUUCUAUCAUCCCUAAUGGUGAUGGUGUUGCUGUAUUACAGAACUCUUAUUGAGAGAAUGUUUUAUUUUUAUUCAGUAUAUUAAGGACCCAUCUAUAAACAUCUCCUACGAGAUUGUUUUGUGUGGAGGAGUGAAGAAAUCCAGUUUUUUUGUGUUUUCUUUCUUUAGAGAAACAGCAGUCCCUUGGCCAGAGGGUUGUGCCUUAAUAAACUUUUUUAUUUAA